AAAAAAAAACCGCGGUAAAGCUUUUUUAUGGAUCCUAUCCCAUGUCUCUGAUUUAUACAUAUAUAUAUAUAAUAAUAUAUAUAUCUCUAUAUAUCUAUAUCUAUAUCUCUCUCUCUUUAAGGAUCUUUCUCAUUCUUCAUUGAAACAUCCAGCACAGCCUCCAUUCUCUCUCUCUCUCUCUCUAGGAUUUGGGUCACGCGCCGGUGUAUUAUAACAGCCAUAUCCGAUCACCGGAAUCUCGCUGCGAAGGUUGGUGUAUAUUUCUAGCUGGGCAGAAAUUUUAUCAGCAAGUUCUACUCUCUUUAUGUCUUAGUAGGAAAUAUAUUAUUUUUCUACUCACAAUGGCAUCAAGGUCUUGUACAAACCUAUUAGGUUUGGCCAAUAGUGGCCUACUAGAUUUUCCUUCUACUCCCAGUCCUCGGCCCCUUCCUCGUGUGAUGACAGUUGCUGGCAUUAUCUCUGAUUUAGAUAGCAGUAAUGAUGCGGAUUCUGAUGCUGCUUCUUCUGUUUGUCGUGAUCGAAAAAUUAUAGUGGCGAAUAUAUUACCUUUGCAUGCAAAAAAGGACACAGAAACUGGAAAAUGGUGCUUCAGUUUUGAUGAGGAUUCCCUUCUGUUACAGUUGAAGGAUGGGUUCUCUUCGGAAACUGAGGUCAUUUAUGUUGGUUCGCUCAAAACUGAAAUAGAUGUCAAUGAACAGGAUGAAGUUGCACAGACAUUGUUGGAGGAUUUCAACUGUGUGCCUACAUUUCUACCUCAUGAUGUCCAUAAAAAGUUCUACCUGGGUUUUUGCAAACAGCAGCUGUGGCCCCUAUUUCAUUACAUGCUACCGAUUUGUCCAGAUCACGGCGAUCGAUUUGACCGCUCCCUGUGGCAGGCAUAUGUAUCUGCAAAUAGAAUAUUUGCUGAUAAAGUCAUGGAAGUCAUUAAUCCUGACGAUGAUUUUGUUUGGGUUCAUGAUUAUCAUUUGAUGAUUCUUCCUACAUUUUUGCGGAAGAGAUUCUAUCGAGUAAAGCUAGGAUUCUUCCUUCAUAGCCCAUUCCCUUCUUCUGAAAUCUAUAGGACUUUGCCUGUUCGUGACGAAAUUCUAAGGGGCUUGCUGAAUUGUGAUUUAAUUGGUUUUCAUACUUUCGAUUAUGCUCGUCACUUUCUCUCAUGUUGCAGUAGAAUGCUGGGUCUUGACUACGAAUCAAAGCGAGGGCAUAUUGGACUUGAUUAUUUUGGCCGCACUGUGUACAUUAAGAUUCUUCCAGUAGGUGUUCAUAUGGGUCGGCUUGAAUCCUUUUUAAAUUCUUCUGCUACAGCUGCAAAAAUAAAGGAGAUUCAAGAACGAUUUAGCGGCAAGAAGUUGAUUCUUGGAGUUGAUGACAUGGAUAUAUUUAAAGGUAUCAGUCUCAAACUUCUAGCAAUUGAACAGCUUUUGCAGCAAAACCCUGCAUUGCAGGGUAAUGUAGUCUUGGUUCAGAUUGUGAACCCUGCAAGGGGCUUGGGGAAGGAUGUUCAGGAAGCUAAAAGUGAGACUUAUUUGACGGCUGAAAGGAUUAAUGAGGCUUAUGGUUCAUCUAACUACAAGCCUGUGAUUUUAAUUGAUUCUCCUAUUCCACGUUGGGAGAAGACAGCUUAUUAUGCUGUAGCAGAAUGUUGCAUAGUGAAUGCUGUGAGAGAUGGAAUGAACUUAGUUCCUUACAAGUACGUUGUUUGCAGGCAGGGAACUCCAUGUAUGGAUAAAGCUUUAGGCAUAGAAGCAGAUACUCCUCGCACGAGUAUGCUUGUCGUGUCUGAAUUCAUUGGUUGCUCACCUUCCCUUAGUGGAGCAAUCAGAGUUAAUCCUUGGGACAUUGAUGCUGUUGCUGAUGCAUUGAAUUUAGCACUUACCAUGUGUAUGUCUGAGAAAAAAUUGCGCCAUGAGAAGCAUUACCGUUAUGUUAGUUCUCACGAUGUUGCCUAUUGGGCUCGUAGUUUUAUGCAGGAUUUGGAAAGAGCAUGUCAGGAUCAUUACAAUAAACGUUGCUGGGGGAUUGGUUUGGGCCUGGGUUUUAGAGUUGUUUCUCUUUCUCCCAACUUCAAGAAGUUGGCAAUUGAGCAUAUUGUCUCAGCAUAUAAGAGAACCACUAGAAGGGCUAUAUUUCUUGAUUAUGAUGGUACCGUUGUUUCCCAGGCUUCUAUUAUGAAAUCUCCAAGCCCCGAAGUAAUCUCCACUAUAAAUUCUCUCUGCAAUGAUCCUAAGAACACCGUGUAUAUUGUUAGUGGGAGGGGAAGAAGUUCUUUAAGCGAGUGGUUUGCCCCAUGUGAUAGACUAGGAAUUGCAGCUGAGCACGGAUAUUUCAUAAGGUCAAGCGGAACAUCGGAGUGGGAGACUAGUCCUGUUGUUGCUGAUCUUGAUUGGAAAGAAAUUGUUGAACCUGUUAUGACAUUGUACACAGAGGCUACCGAUGGAUCUACUAUUGAGGUUAAAGAGAGUGCAUUGGUAUGGCAUCAUCAAGAUGCAGACCCUGAUUUCGGUUCCUGUCAAGCAAAAGAAUUGUUGGAUCAUCUCGAAAAUGUACUCUCUAAUGAACCAGUUGUUGUUAAGAGGGGUCAGCACAUUGUUGAAGUUAAGCCACAGGGGGUAAGCAAAGGUUUGGUUGCCGAAAAGGUUCUUUUGAGAAUGGUUGAAGAGGGGACGGCACCAGAUUUUGUUAUGUGCAUUGGAGAUGAUAGAUCUGAUGAAGACAUGUUCGAAAGCAUACUAAGCACGGUCUCUAGUCCAUCCUUGCCUGCGCCUCCCGAGAUCUUUGCCUGCACUGUUGGGAGAAAGCCAAGCAAAGCAAAAUAUUAUCUAGAUGAUGCAACCGACGUUGUAAAGUUGCUAGAAGGCCUAGCAACUGCUUCAGUCCCGAAGCCACGACAUCUAGCUCAAAUCCAGGUUUCUUUCGAGAGUGCCCUUUGUUGAAAAAGGUAGAUUUCACUAGCAGCUUUUGAUACAAACAGGAACCAUUGUUUUUGUUAUAUAAGAAGUGGGGGUUCCCUUUUUCUGAGAAAUCCAGAUGAUGUUUUCGAAUGACGAUUAAUCUUAAAAUGCGAUGCAUGACAGAGCUUGCUGAUCACUAAUCUGAUUGGUCCUUGUUGGGAUGAACUGUGCAUUUCAGUGCAAUAUUAACAAGACCAUGAAAGUUGACCAUUCUUGUAUUUGUAUAUGGUGACAUCAAAAUCUUUGUAUUUACGGGUGUGCCCUGUAAAAGAGUUGUCUUGGGGAAUCAGUUUUUACACAAAAGUCCUUAAUUAAUGGCUGUUUUAUUGGUCAGGCCCCUCCACUAUUAACUUGUAUAGAUACAAUGUUUCUUUUCAUAAUAGAAAAUGUCAGUUUGUUCUAA